AUGAACGACAUCAACACGAAACCAUACCGGCUCGGACGGCGCCCGGGUGAACAAGGUCCGCGUCCUCUACCGAGUGACCAGGGCAGAGUCGAAAAAUUGGUGACUGGAAAGAAUUCAUAUACGACAAAAAAUACGCAAAAACUAAAACUUGCCAAAAAUACUCUGACAGUAGGAACAUGGAAUGUGCAGACACUAUGGACUGCUGGCAAGCUAGAAUUACUCAGAAAUGAAAUGAAGCGUUUCAGAUACGAUAUAAUUGGUAUUUCCGAAGUGCGAUGGACAGGAAAAGGUGAAACACCGAAUGGAGAUUUCAUCUGGUCAGGAGAGGAAUCCUCACAUAUGAGGGGUGUGGGGUUCUUACUAAGCACACAAGCUAAAAAGGCAUUAAUAGGAUACAAUCCAACUAGCUCACGAAUAAUUUCGGCACGAUUCGAUGCAGCACCAUUUAAAAUUUCAGUGAUACACGUAUAUGCACCAACCUCGUCAUCCUCAGAAGAAGAUAUUGAAGCAUUCUAUAACGAUAUUGAGGAGGCAUUAACAAAGACAGAUAAAAAAGAUAUACUUAUCUUGACAGGAGAUUGGAACGCUAAAAUUGGCAAUGAUAAUACAGAUUGGAAGUCCGUGAUGGGAAAAUAUGGGUAUGGCGAUAGAAACGAUAGAUAG